AUGGCCAAUCUUAAAUCCAUUCCAACAACAAUAACAUGUAAUAAUGAUAAGGAUAAUAAAAUAUCUGCAUUAAAUGAUAAACAAAUUCGUUAUGAAUUAUGUGCAAUUAAUGAUUUAAAUAAUGGACAAAUGAAAGAAUUUGAAAUAAAAACAUCACUUGUUAAUACAAGUAUAUUACUUAUUAGGCAGAAUAAUAGAUUUUAUGCUUAUUCAAGUAAAUGUUGUCAUUAUAAAUUACCAUUAGUUAAAGGUGUAUUAAUUAAUAAUCAUCUUCGUUGUUUUGCACAUGGUGCUUGUUUUCGUGUUGAUACAGGUGAUAUUGAAGAUCAUCCAGGACAUGGGAAUUUACCAAAAUAUGAUGUAGAAAUCGUUGAUAAUCAGAUUAUUUUAGUCGCAAAAAUACAAGAUCUGGAAAAACUUGAACGUACAAAAAUACCUGAUAAUCUCAUUACUGAAGCAAAACCAGUAGUAGCUAUUAUUGGAGCUGGAGCAGGAGGAUUUACAUGUGCUGAUAUGCUUCGUCAAAAUGGUUUUCGUGGUCGUAUUAUUUUAUUUACAAGUGAAGGAACACUGCCUUAUGAUCGUGUUCAAUUAUCGAAACAACCAACUAAAAAUCUUCAAGAUUUACUUCUACGUGAUGAAAUUUAUUUUAAAAAAGCUCAAAUUGAUUUAUUACUUCAUACAGAAGUGACAAAUAUUAAUUGGACUGCCAAAAACUUAACAUAUAAAACAUUAAAUAAUCAAAUAAAAUUUCUUACAUAUGAUUAUUUAGUAUUAGCUACUGGUUUACGACCAAGAAAAUUACCUUCAUCAUUAUCAGGAUAUAAUCUUCAUAAUAUAUUUUAUUUACGAUCAUUAGAAGAUGCCAGAAAUCUCGUUAAUACAGUAAAAUUAUCGGAUACAAAAAAUAUUGUUAUUAUUGGUGAUUCAUUUAUUGCAUUAGAAUUAUGUGGAUGGUUAACAACUGGUUUAAAUGAAAAGAAAAGUAUUUCAGUUGUUAUGCGUUCAAAAAUUCCAAUGGCACGUAUUUUUGGUAAACGAAUUGGUCGAGCUUUACAAAAAAUUCAUGAAAACAAUGGUGCAAAAUUUUAUUCACAAGCUAAUGUGAUAAAAUUAAUAGAUGAAAAUAAUCAUGUUAAAUCUAUUCAAUUAUCAACAGGUGAAUUAAUUUCAUGUGAUUUAAUUAUUGUUGCAAUAGGUAGUGAAAUAUGUAAUGAAUUAUAUAAAAAUUCUCCUAUUGAAAUGACUCAUGAUGGAUUUAUUAAAGUUAAUCAACGUCUUGAAACAUCAAUGGAACAUGUUUUAGCUGUUGGUGAUAUAAGUAAAUAUCCAUUGAAAGUAUUCGAUUUAGAUAAUAUUAAUUGUCAACAUUGGCAAAUGGCUUGUUCAACAGGACAUCAAGCUGCUGAUACGAUUUUACAUUAUUAUCUUGGUCAAAAACAAGAUGAUUCUUAUUCAUUAAAAACUGAUUUUUAUACAGUACCAAUAUUUUGGACAACACAAAAUAAUAAAAUAACAAUACGUUAUGCUGGAUAUACAAAUGAUCCUGAAAAUGUUAUAAUACAUGGUGAUCUUGAUAAUGAAUUUAAAUUUAUUGCAUAUUAUAUUAUUGAUGAUUAUGUUCGAGCUGUUGCUCAAUCAAAAUAUGAACCAUUAUCAUCUGAAAUAGCUGAAAUUUUUUAUCAUAAACAAGAUAUUCGACGUGAAGAUAUUGAAAAUGAUAUGUAUGCGAUAAUAACGCUUAAUAUCAAUCUCAUGGCAUGUUUGUUUAUAUUCAUAUAUUCACAUAUGUGGCCAUCACAGGGUACCAAUGAUUAUACAACCAAUGAACGAUCAGCACCGAUUAAUAUGCCAAAUCGGCAAUCGGAUAUAACAUCAGGCUAUGCUGAUCCACAUGGUGUAGUUUUUUCACCGAAAUCAACCGAUCCAGCUAAUCUUGGAAUUAAUAUGUGUAUUAAUAUAUUAGAAGGAGAUAAUUCACCACGUGCAAAAGAGAUGGCAAUUAAAGAUGUUACUCAACAUAUACAAAAUAUGAAGAUUUAUACUGACAGUGAUAAUAAUAAAAAAGCCGUUGAUAAUUCAACUGUUUAUGAUGUUAAAUCUGACGAUAAAAUCAAUGAAGCAGAAUUAAAUCGUAAACAAACACCACGUUCAUCACCAGGUCAUGUUAAUAAUGAUUUAACAAAUAGUACUAAUAAUGAAAAUCUUCCAUUAACAAAUCCAAUUGGUUCUAAUGAUGAUACAAAUGAUGGUUUAAUAACACAAUCACAUCUAAUGAUGAAUGGUGCACCUACAGCAUCAGUACCUAUACCAUUUCAACGAAUGCAAACUAAUAAUCAACAACAACAAAUGUUACUCUAUCCACAACAACAAGCUUAUCCACCACAAUAUCAUAUUGUUUCUCAACAACAGCAACCGACUCAUUAUGAUAUGAAUCCAUCAACAACAAAUUUUCAAACAUUUGAUUAUACUCUAAUUCAACCUCAAUCAUUUGAAAGUCAAUCAAUAAUGACAGCAUUCAAUCCACAAGCAAAUGGAAAUAAUCAACAAGAUCCACAAUUAGCUAAUUUAGCUCAAACACCAUUGAUGUCAUGGUUAUCAAAUACAAUGGCUACACAACAACAAACAGCUAAUCAACAAUCACCAUAUGGAUCAUCAAAUCAAUAUAUUAUAAAUAGUAAUCAGGAUAAUUAUUUACAACAAUUACAAAAUUUUCAUCAAUCACCAGCAACAUUACCAUCAUUACUUGGUCAACCGCAAUAUUGGUCAGCAUUACCAACAACUCUUGUUUUUCCAGCACCACCACAAUCUAUGUUAGCACAACAACAACAAACAACAACUAAUGAACAACAAUCACCACAAUCAAAAACAAAUAAUAAUAAUAAUCAUCGUCCAUUAACACCAACAAAUUCAAAUGAUAUAUUAAGUACAUCACAAUCUAAUCAACAAGCACAACAAUAUAUGAAUAUGCCACGUACAACACAAACACCAGUUAAUUUUCCAUUUUUUGCUGCUGCUUCACCAACAUUUCUUGAUCCAAGUCUUAUGAUGUCAAAUACACGACAACCAACUGGAUCACCAGGACUUCGUAUGUAUCCACAACAAAUACCAAUACCAGUUAAUGCAAAUAAUCAAGGUGGUUUAUAUGGUAGUCCAGUAGCAAGUUCACUUUCAAGUUCAUUCAAUGAUGUUUAUACUGUUCCAACACAACGACGUGAUGCACCAUUACCUGAUUUUUCUCGUCUUGUUACUGAUCCUCGUUUAUCAAAACCUAUUCAACAACAACAACAAACACCAUUAUAUCAUGGUCAAUUACCUGGUGGUUUACCUCCAUCACCUGCAUAUAAUAAUUUAAUGACUUCAAUGACACCACCACCAUCAUCUAAUACAGGUGCAUUUGAUGGAAUGUUUAAUACAAGAUAUUUUCCAACACAAAAUCAACAAGGACCACCACAACAAGCUAUGAUUAAUGGUAAUGAUGUAUAUACAGGACGUCGUAGUAUUGGUGGUAUUAGUGGCCCAAUGCCUAAUUAUUAUGCACAAAAUGUUUUUGGUGGAACAGGAAAUAAUAAUAAUAAUAAUAUACGUGGUAGUAAUAAUACAAUGUCAAAUUCAGGACGUGAUUCUGUUAUAACACGAAGUAAAUUAUUAGAUGAUUUUCGUAAUAGUCGUAUGCCAAAUUUACAAUUACGUGAUGUUAUUGGACAUUUUGCUGAAUUUUCAAUGGAUCAACAUGGUUCUAGAUUUAUACAACAAAAACUUGAACGUGCAACAAAUGCUGAAAAAGAUAUGGUUUUUAAAGAAAUUAUAAGCAAUGCACCACAAUUAAUGACUGAUGUUUUUGGCAAUUAUGUUAUUCAAAAAUUUUUUGAAUUUGGUUCAUCAGAACAUAAAGCAUAUUUAGCUCAUAGUAUACGUGGUAAUGUUUUAUCACUUGCUUUACAAAUGUAUGGUUGUCGUGUUAUACAAAAAGCUGUUGAAACUUUACAACCUGAAUAUCAAGUACAAAUAGCAAGAGAAUUAGAAGGAAGUAUUGUUAAAUGUAUUGAAGAUCAAAAUGGAAAUCAUGUUAUACAAAAAUGUAUUGAAUGUUGUAUAGGAGAUGAUAUUGAUUUUAUAAUACGUGAUGUAACAAAACAAGUUUUUCAAUUAUCAGCACAUCCAUAUGGUUGUCGUGUUAUACAACGUAUACUUGAAAAUUGUAAAGAAUCACAAACAAGACCUAUACUUGAUAUAUUACAUAGUGAAUUAGAAAAUCUUGUUCAAGAUCAAUAUGGAAAUUAUGUUAUUCAACAUGUAUUAGAACAUGGUAAAAUUGAAGAUCGAAGUCGUAUUGUAAAUGCUAUUAUGGGACGAGUACUUCAUUUAUCACAACAUAAAUUUGCAAGUAAUGUAGUUGAAAAAUGUGUUACUUAUGCAACACGAGAAGAAAAACGACAACUUAUUGAUGAAGUUGUUUCAUUUGGAGAUGGACCUAAUUGUGCAUUAUUAACUAUGAUGAAAGAUCAAUUUGCUAAUUAUGUUGUACAAAAAAUGAUUGAUGUUGCAGAACCAGCUCAACGAAAACUUCUUUUACAAAAAGUUCGUCCACAUAUUCAAUCACUUCGAAAAUUUACAUAUGGUAAACAUAUAAUAACAAAAUUAGAAAAACAUUUAAGUAAAAAUUCCGAUUUGGGUCCAUUAUUAACAUCAUCAACAUCAAAUUCAAAUGAAAUGUAUCCACAACAAUAUCCAUCUGUACCAUCUGCACCACCACCAUAUGAUACUAAUACGCAAUUAAAUCAACAAGCAUAUCGUCAGUCAUUACCAAAUUAUCAUACAACUAGUGACGAACGUAUGGCUGGUUUUCAACAUCUUGUUGAUCGUUAUGAAAUUAAUCAUACAUUUGCUAGAAAAUUACGUGCUCUUGAAGGAUAUGAAAUUGUAUUUAUUUGUGAUGAUUCAGGUUCAAUGAAUACACCACUUGGUGAUCUUUCGGGUCCUUUUGAUAAAGCACCAUCUCGAUGGGAUGAAUUAAAACAAACUGUAUCAAUUGUUGUUGAUAUUGCAAGUGUUCUUGAUCCAGAUGGUGUUGAUAUUUAUUUUCUUAAUCGUGAACCUUUAUUUCAUGUUCGUAGUUCAUCAGAAUUAAUACCUAUCUUUGCUGUACCUCCAUCUGGUCCAACUCCAAUUGUUCCGACUCUUCGACGUGUACUUCAUGAUAAACAACAGGAAGUCGAAGAACGUAAAUUAUUAAUACUUAUAGCUACAGAUGGUGUACCAACUGAUAAUCAAGGUCAUCGAGAUAUUCGUUCAUUUGAAUAUGUUCUUAAGCAUGAACGUAGACCUGCUAAUCGUAUACCUGUAACAAUUAUUGCUUGUACAGAUGAUGAUGAUUGUAUUGGAUAUUUAAAUGAUUGGGAUAAAAAAAUUUCUAAUCUUGAUGUUGUAGAUGAUUAUAGAAAUGAAAAACGAGAAAUUCAAGCACGACAAGGAAAACAAUUUCCUUUCAGUUUUGGUGAUUAUGUUGUUAAAAUUCUAAUGGGUGGAGUUGAUAGUUGGUUUGAUGAUUUAGAUGAAAAGAAAGUAGCGACAGAUGGUUAUGGACGAAUAACAAGUGCUGGUUCACAUCGUAAGAAAUCGAAUUGUAUUAUCUUAUAA